AUGUUGCAGUCAUUAGAAGAGGAUGGUAUAAAGAUUUUCGAGAUCAUUGUAAAAAGUGUUCAGAAAAAACAUGGCUCUUCUAGUAAAAGUCUGGAAUAUCUUGGUCAACUAGAAAACCAAUGGGGUUGGCAAUCGCAAUCAAAAUUGAAGGAGGAGAAACCAGAUUUCAGUUUCGCUAAAACCAUUUUUGAUUAUGGUAUCAGUGCAUGUUGGAACCCAAUUAUUGAAUUGGUAAGAAAACAUGAUAGAUCAAUAGAUUUAUUUAACACCUUUGUUCAUGAUCAUCAAACAUGUAAAAACUACGUUAUCAACGCAAUUGGUGAACCAAUAGUCAUACCUAAAAAAAAAAUUCACAAUAAAUCCAAUAGUUAA